AUGUUUGGAGGUCCUGUUGUUCCUGCUAACAGUCCUCACUUACGCAAGUCUGGGAGUAGAGCUGUUGUCUAUGAUUUUGAUGAAUAUGAGGGGGAGGGUGGGGCUGAUGAAAGUUUAUUGCAUUCUGGUGAGGUGAAUGAUUCGAGGGGUGGUACAACGCCGAUGAGUGCUACUGCUAUGAUGCCCUCGCCUAUUUUGUUGUGGAGAUUCAAGGUACUAUUGUUCCUUAUUUGGGGCUGCAUUUGUUGCAAGAUUGGAUGGGAUUCUGUAAUGAGAAUGAGUGCAGACAAGCGGGAUUUAUUCAUAUAUGAAGCAUUUUUGUAUUUUAAUCCUCUUCUUCUCGCGACUUUGAUGGUUUGGCUUUGGGGAACCAACUUAUGGUUUUUUGCUCAGGGUGGAGUUAAUUAUUCAAAAAUAUUUGAUCUUGAUCAAAAUCAUCUGACACACACAGAAAUAUGGAAGUGUGCCAUGUGGAUGACAGUUAUUGUUCCAACCAGUAUGACAGCAUAUAUUUAUCUUUAUUCUCGUGGAGAAGUCGCAUAUGCUGCAUCACAACCAGUGCUCUUGUAUGCUGCUAUUGUAAUGGUUUUGAUAUUCCCCUUCGAUAUCUUCUAUUUUUCGUCUAGAUAUUUCUUCUUAAGGACACUCUGGCGAAUAGUUUUCCCACUACAGGCAAUAUCAUUCGCUGAUUUUUUCUUGGCUGAUAUCUUAACUUCCAUGGUAAAGGUCUUUUCUGAUUUGGAGCGUUCAGUAUGUAGGAUGGUCCACCGGCAGGUUGCAACAAUUGCUUGGUUGGAAGCUGAUUCUAUUUGUGGCAGUCAUUCUGUUGCAAUUCCUUUAGUUCUUGUUUUGCCUUACGUUUUUCGCUUAAACCAAUGUCUCCGGCAGUACAAAGAUACUGGAGAAAAAACUGCACUUCUGAAUGCAUUAAAAUACUCAACAGCAGUGCCAGUUAUUUUUCUUUCUGCUCUUAAAUAUCAUGUUUUGCCCGAGCAGUGGACAAACAUCUAUAGGCCUCUUUGGCUUCUGUCAAGUGUUGUGAACUCAUCAUACUCUUUCUAUUGGGAUGUGACUCGAGAUUGGGACCUGAGUGGCUUCACUCGAAUAUUCAAGUUCAGCAAACCACACAUGUUCUCAUAUAUGCUGUAUGGACGGAGAUGGGUUUACGUUUGGGUGAUUGCAAGCAAUUUGAUUUUGCGUUGCACAUGGACAUACAAGCUUUCUGCUCAUCUUCGUCACAAUUACCUCACGGUGUUCACAAUCGCUGCUUUGGAGAUUUUCCGCCGCUUCCAGUGGAUCUUUUUCCGUGUCGAAAAUGAGUGGAACAAGAUGAAUAACAAAUCACACAUGCAGGUCUCUAUGAGUGAAAUGUCAAACGAGGAAGAGAAAUUACUUCAUUCCAUGAAUCACAAUGUAUAG